GAGGCCACGCCCCUUCGGCACGCCCAGGACCGUACCAAGUGCGCGGCGGGACGGGGGGAGGCGGAGCCGGCCGGGCACGCGGCGGCGGCAUGGAGGGGCCGCUGCGGUUCCAGUGUCCCCCCGAGUUCGAGGCGGUGGCCGGGGGGACCCCGCUGGGGGGUCCCGGCUCGGAGCUGUGGCUGAUCCGAGCCCCCGCUGACUUCUGUCCCCAGAGCCUCGAGGGCUGCCCGGUGCCCCUGAACGGCCUGGAGCGGCUCCGGACCCCCCCGGGCGGUGACAAUGACAACGACAACGCCGCUGAGCUCUACGUGCUGCGGGGUGGCCCGGGGGGACAGGACUGUCCCCUGCUGCUGUCCCCCGUCCCCCCGGGGGGGUCCCUGGGCUGCGCCCCCCCGCUGCGGGGGUCCCUCACCAUCACCCGCAGCUUCGGGACCCCCCCGGGGGCACCCCCGGCCGCGAGGAAGAGGAAGAGGCCGAAGGCCGCGGUGGCACUCGGGGACGCGGUGGCACUCGGGGACACGGUGGCACUCGGGGACACGGUGGCACUCGGGGACGCGGGGACGCCGGAGCCCGGGGAGGGGCCGGGACCCCCCCAGGACCCCCCCGAGGUGGCCAAGAGGAAGAAGAAGAAGAAGAAGCAGAAACGGGAGGAGGGGGAGUGACCCCCCGCCCCGAGUGUCACCUGUGUCACCAGUAAACGUCAUUUAUUACAAAAAA